AUGUCUGUGCUGAAUCAGUCGUUCAAAUAUCUAGAGCCAAUUGUCAAGAGGUGGAAUUUUGCCAAACCCUUGAUAGUUGGUCUAGAGGGCCCUCAAGGCUCCGGCAAAACAUAUGUCACAACAGAACUUGUUGACUUACUUUCGGCUCGGUUUAAUCAUUUGAACAUUGUACGGUUUUCAAUUGACGACUUUUAUUUGACAUACAACGAACAGUUGGAAGUGAACGCAAAAAAUGAGGGCAAUAUUCUCUUGCAGGGGAGAGGUCUUCCUGGAACACACGACUUGAAAUUGUUGCUCGAGUGCUUUGAACAAAUUGAAAGCGGGAACUCAAAUGUCGCUAUUCCUUUUUAUGACAAAUCCUUAAAGAAUGGGAAAGGAGACAGAGCACCAAUUAGUCAAUGGACACAAACAUCAGGCCGCAAAAUUGAUAUUGUGUUGUUUGAAGGCUGGCUGAAUGGGUAUCUUGCUUAUGACAAUGACCAGGAUUUGGUUUCAAGAUGGUUGGAAAUUCAAAAGGCCUAUAAGCCGAAGUUUGACAAUCUGAAGAUUGAACACAUCAUUAAGCUCAACAGCGAUCUCACUCAGUAUCUCUCGAUUUGGAAAAAGUUUGACCAAUUCAUAUACAUAACAACUUGCGAUAUAACAAAUGUGUACACUUGGAGAUUGCAACAGGAACAUGCCCUGAUAAAGCAAAAGGGAAUGGGUAUGUCGGACACAGAAGUGGAACAAUUCAUUGAUAGAUAUAUGCCAGCAUACCAUUUGUUUUACAGCAAGCUUCCGGAAAUGACUAAAUACGUUGAAUCGUGCAUCAAUUUUGAUAUAGGUUUGGACAGAAAGAUUGCCAAACAGAGUCAUUAUUGA